UAUUACCCUUCAUCUCUCCUCUUCAAUCUCCUUUAAUCUCAUUGUGCACCUUUUUCAUGCAAUUUGAACUCCCCUCCACUUUCCAACUAAAAUUUCAAAAGUUUUGAAAGAUCCCCACAUACACUAACAACUUUUAUACAUAUUCCAUAUCAGUAACUUAUUUCCCCUAAUUUUUAGCAACAAAUCCAAGAUGUCCAAAUUUCAGUUCAAAAAGGGUACGAAGGUUGAAAUAAGCAUUGAUGAAGAUGGUUUUCGUGGGGCAUGGUUUAUUGGCACAAUUGUUAAACAACCAGCAAAAAAUGAGAAUCAAGUAAUGGUUGAAUAUGAGACAUUGUUGGAAGAUGAUGAAUCAACCCCUUUGAGAGAAAAGGUAGAUUUAGUGCAGAUUAGACCAGUUCCACCGAGGGAAACCAAGAGGGUUUAUAAAAUCGAUGAAGAAGUUGAUGUUUGUUAUAAUGAUGGAUGGUGGGAAGGUGUUAUCACUCAAGUUUUAGAUGAUAAUCAAUAUUCUGUUUAUUUUAGACCUUCAAGAGAGCAAAGUGACUUCAAGGAGUCAGAUUUGAGGCUUCAUAGAGAGUGGGUUAAUCAAAAGUGGGUUCCUCCAUUGCAAGAAGAAAAAGAAGAGGAGGUGGUUGUAGCAGAAGAAAAGAUUCAUAACGAGAAAGAAGAGAAGUAUUUCUGCAAAGGAAGCUUAGUCGAAGUGAGCAAUGAUGAAGAUGGCUUUGAGGGUGCUUGGUUUGCUGCAACUGUUAUCGAGUUGAUUGGCAAGGAUAAGUUCCUUAUUGAGUACACUGAUCUAAGAACAGAUGAUGAUAAAGAGUUUGUGAGGGAAGAAGUAGAUGCCCUACACAUCAGGCCGCGUCCUCCAAAGGCAAAACUGGAUAAAUUCAAGAAGUCAGAAGAAGUUGAUGCUCUUUAUAAUGAUGGGUGGUGGGUGGGCAUUAUUUCCAAAGUUCUCGGUCAGUCAAAAUAUCUUGUUUACUUCAAAACCACGGAAGAGACAUUAGAGUUCAAGGACAAUGAACUAAGGCUGCAUCAAGAUUGGAUUGAUGGAAAAUGGGUUAUUGCGUCUAAGGGUCUAGACUUGACGGAAUGAAGAGGCUGCCGAGGGAUUUUGAUGAAGUGUUGGAUAAGUAGGUAACUGUCAUAUUGUAAACCCAAAACUAAAUGUUAAUAUUGUCAAUCUCAUUUUGCUGAAGGCCAUGAUUAGUCAUUGAAGGAGAACAUAGAAUUUCUACUUUAAUAAUGGCCGAUGAUAUAUGUAUGCCCUCGGUAGAUUAGAAAUGGCUCCCCGUUGUGAUAUAAUCCAGUGGUGGUUCUGGUCUCAUGACCAAGUUUUUUUUUUUGAUAGCUUUACUGUGAACCGCCUGUUGUUGCCCAUUGGUGGCUGCCACUCUACAUGACGGUGUUGUACAAAUUAACUACCCCUCAAUGAACAUACAUGUUGCCUUUUGUGACAA